GUUGUUGCCGUCACUAAGGCCAGCUGAUUCAUUUUAACCAAAAUAUUCGCAAAUAAAAUAAAAUUCCGGUUGCAGUUAAAGCGAAAAAUGCACACAAAAUGAGCGUCAUGGCCCACAAUGACUCGGAUGAAGUUCGCAGCGCUGCUCAUCUAAUCUUGUCGAAUGCACGAAACAGUUCUGCUAUUGCGUUUCAUGAUAUGUCGCGACCACAUUCCAUUAAUUUAAUUACGGAAGACUUUCUUGCUGGUUAUAUGCAAGAUGGACGCAUGUCAGUGGUGCGACGGUUCUUUUGUUUAUUUGUUACAUUUGACCUGGUGUUUGUAUCUUUGCUUUGGUUAAUUUGUAUAGUGAUUGAUGGCGACAAUAUAUUCCAGGCAUUCCACAAGCAGGUCAUGCAGUAUACUAUCUACACAUCGCUUUUUGAUGUCGUUGCUACAGCUCUUUGUCGAUUUAUUGUAUUAAUAUUUUUUUACGCCAUGUUGUAUAUUAAUCAUUGGUCCAUUAUAGCACUGUCAACGAGCGGAUCGUGCCUCUUUCUUAUAGCAAAAGUGUUUGUUUUUGAUUGGGUGCAUUCUAAACAACAAGUAUUCGAUGUGAUCCUCGUUAUAACUUCAUUUAUUCUUGCCUGGGGGGAAGCCUGGUUCUUGGAUUGUAGGGUCAUACCCCAAGAGCGUCAUGCCCGCCACUAUUUUAGGACAGCACUUAACACCAACACCAGCAAUCGUUCUUUUUUAACACAGCCAGCCAUCUUGAGUGUGAAUGAGCAUCCGCCACCAUCAAGUAUGUUUUAUUCACCAUUGGAUACGGCCCACCAAUCUGAUGACGACGAAGAAGAGCAGGACUUCGAGUAUCAGCAAAUGGGUUUAGAUUGCCUACGCAAGGCAUUCGAGCUUAUCGAAGGCGGCAAUUGGAAGGUGGAAAAGGUUACUCAUAAGGGAGACACUAUACACAGCACUCAACGUGAAAAAAUUGGCAAAGUUUAUAAAUUAACAGCUCGUAUUAAAUAUCCGGCAAAGGAACUAAUGGAAGAUCUUUUUUAUCGAAUUGAAGAUUGCCCCAAAUGGAAUCCUGCUCUAUUAGAGAGUCGAAUAGUACGCAAAAUAAACUCGUACACGGACAUUACCUAUCAAGUCUCUAUUGGAGGUGGAGGCGGCAUGGUGAAAAGCAGAGACUUUGUGAAUUUACGUGCAUGGCGUAUGUUUUACAAUGGCAAAAUUUGCGAUGACGACGAAAUUUCUAAACUGAGUAGCGAAGAUGAUGAAUUCGAUCAUGAUAGCUUCCUUAAUCGUUCUUGUGAAGGCAGUGUCAGCACCGUAUCUGAUGGUGAAUCGCAAGACACACCUGUCCAGGGCAGCGUAGGCAGCUGUCGAGCAAAGUUUACCAGCGGACAAUCAUCAUCAAAUGCAGCUGCACAAUACGACACACUAAGCAAAAGCCUUGGAGCAAAGAGUUUAGGAACAGCCUUAACGUUUGACGUCGAGCCACCACCAUUUGAUGAAUUUGAAGACGCUAAAGAUACAGAGAUAAAGACGGACACUACACUGCCCGACGGUGUUGGAAAAACGAAAGACAAAGUAUGGGUUAGCGCUGCAAUUAGUGUUCAGUAUGCUUCUGAGCCACCAACAUCAAAAUACACAAGAGGGGAGAAUAUUGUUUCAGGCUUUGCCUUUCGAGAAAUAAUUGGAAAAUCAGAUAGUUGUAUAUUGGAAUGGGUGCUUUGUCUGGACCUAAAGGGCUAUAUUCCUCGCUAUGUGUUGGAUGCCGCUCUAACGUCUUCGAUGAUUGAUUAUAUGACAAACUUGCGCAAGCAUGUAACUGAAUUAAAAACAAAAGGUAAACGUCGCGCUACAAAGCCGUAGCUAUAGAACAAUGACUUAGAUUUAAGUUUUAAAACCAAAUGGUAUCUCAAGCGUGUGCUCUAAAAUAUUGUAUCAAUGUACGCUAAACAAGAUUACAAUACAUCAUAUUUUUUGUAAUUUAAUGCAUAAUUAUCUAAAAUGGACUGCGUAAGUAUUUGCGUUGGAAUAAAUAUGGAUUGUAUAAUAAA